UGGCAAUGUGUUAGGUACGGGUACCGACUUCACUCACCGAGUGUAGUCAUUGUGUGCUACAAACUGGCACCAAUGAAAAUGAAAAUUCUAAAAAUGUGUAUGAAACAACUCAGACUUUGGGUGUGUUCUAGUUUUGUUGGAUUUUAGGGGGUAGGAGGUGGCAGUAGAGGCCAGCAGGGAAGGAGUAACAGAGGGUAUUCCUUAUUCAUCUGAACACUGAGGUAAGGAGGAUUUUCUGAGGCUUGUCAUCAUGAUCCCAUUUAAUGUUCACACAAUCCUGUAAGUGCUUUUGUCCCCAUUCUGCCGAUAAGGGAAGGUAAUGCGCCUGGUGUCAGACACCCAAGUCCUGCAGCUGGACUUGGUUGAGCCGUGCCUGACUGCACCCAGUGCUCUCCUGAGGCUCUCCUAGUGCUCCCCUCUACAACUCUCAGUAGACAGAGCCCCAAGUCCAACAGGAAGCCUUCAAUUAGGACAUGCUUGCCUAUUUAGGAAAGUUCCGGAUUUUGACUGACUUUUUCACCUGAAAAAUGAGUGUGAAAAAUAUACUUCAUAGACUUGGGGGAGAAUUUAAUACCUUCCUGAAAAGUAGUGUUAAGAACCCUAAGAGUUACAUGACAGUAUCAAAACAAUGCAACUUGUCUCAAAAGACUGGGAAAUACAUUUUCUCCAACAAUCUACUCCCUACUACUCUUUCAAUGAGUUUAAUAAUUGAACAUCUAGAUAAUGGUUUUCUUCCAUACUCUAAGCCUUAUCAGGUUCCUCCCUCCCUCUUCCCCACACUGUGGGUCCUGGGAAAGCUGUCCUUUCAUUGGUUGAACAUGCUGUCAGUCACAUGGCAUGAAAAGUCCUGCCCCUGCUGUUUGCAUUAUGAAUUAACAGAUGUGCUUGGUUGGAAGAAACUGAUUGAUUUCUUGAUGGGAAGAAAAAUCUUGUUUAUUGGUUCGUUUCUUUUUUUAUGCAUUGGGUUUUCACUAACUUUGGAGCAGAUAUUUGUCAGGAAGAAUGUAAGUUCUAGAACAUCUUCAAAUAAAGAAGUGGUUCUAAAGAGUGAUCAACAGAUUAAUGGAAAUAUGAAGCCAGUCCAGAAUCUCACUCCAGUACCAACAACACAGGCUCUGAACUACCAUCAGGGCAAAGGAGGACAUGUAGACGGAGAACAUGGGAGUGCAUUCAGCCCUCACAACCCUGUGCGAGUUGCCUUCGAUGGCACCCCCUGCAUUCUCUUCUGGGCCAGAAGAGUCACAGUGACAUAUCAGAAUGAGACCUGGCUGGACCUUACAGAUGGAGCCUUUGGUCAGAAGGCAACGGUGGAUGCACGCAACUCCAACUGCGGUGGAGAAAGUGCCACGCUGUCUCUGAAGUUCGGUGAUACUGAAAAUCAAACAGCCCUUGCUAUAAGGUUCGUCCUCAGCCACCGCGAGCCGCCCAGCCAGAGCUGGUUCAGUCUGCGCCGAGUGGAGAUCGUCCUCAAUGGCUCGGUCCGAGCGGCCUUCAGCGCCUCCGGCGUGAGCGCCCCGGCCGGCCGGUCCUACCGCUGCCACCGCGUCAGCAGCCUGCGGCAAGGCGCGCUGCUGCGGCCGGGCCACCAGGGGGCCGGCGCUGGCCCGUGGGCGCUCACCCUGCUGGACCUCCAGAUCCAGGGCUUUGCCGUCCAGGGCGGGCGGUUCGCCGAGGCCAGAGACUGUGCCCCCUCCUGGUCGCCGGCCGUGCUCCUCGGCCUGGCCGUGUCUCUCAUCCUGCUGCUGGUGCUGGCCUACGCCCUGCACAUGCUCAUCUACCUGCGCUCGCUGGACCGGCACUACGAGUUCAUCACUGCCUCCCCUGCCCACUUCCCCCAGCUUCGGGCUCACCGAGCCUCCGAGGAGAAGGAGCUGCUUGGGAGCCAGGCCCAGGAGAGCUACGAGCUGCAGAGCCUGCAGAUCUGCAAGAUCUACGUCUAACAGCCUCCCUGCUCCCCAGUCCACAGCGGGUCCUGCGGCAGCCUCUCUUCUGUGCUGAUGGACUUGUGAAUGGCCUGAUUAAACCAAGCAAAAACUGGGCCAGGGAUUUAGCUCAGUGGUUCCCGGUGCCUGCCUUGCAAGUGCAAGGUCCCGAGUUCUAUCCCCUGUACCCCCCGCCCCCCCAAAAAACAAGCAAAAAUGAGAAAAUGAAAUGCGUAAGGAGUUAGCUUUGCGGCUUCCCCUUAGAUGGACGGGCCAAGGAGAAGGCCCUGCAGGGGUUCUGCCUUGAAAGUGAAGAGAUGGUAUUUCUGGUUAGAUGACGGGGAGGAGAGAGAUGAAACACGGACAAAGGAAAACAAAACUUACUGUGGCUGUGAUAAGACUAGAAAUAAUAAACCUAAGGUUAUCCGACACAGAA